GUUCAGCGACAACAGAUGGAGGAAACGAAUGUCGACGAGAAAUCGGUUUUGUAGCAGCGCUGGGGAUGACGAUAGUCUUCAGAUUGGUCACUCUGGCAGCAAUUGGUGUUUCGGUUCAAAUAUGCAGUGGUCAGAAAGUCGGUGAUGAGGGGAUGGACUUGUUGCUGCCAUAUCUUUCCCAUCAUGGUUCACAUCGAACGCAUCGAGAAGUGCGAGACUGCCAGCACAUAAAAUAUGGGAACCUGACACACUCGAAGCAUAAAGCACACAGCAGUGUCAAUUUGACCCUCCCGCUAGUCGAGUCCAGACAUCAGCUCAAGAGUAUAGGAGAGUAUUAUUUUAACAAGAGGACUGUCACAGUGCUGUAUCAAAAAGUUAAUAACCCUGUGAAAACAUUUUCCGUCCUUGAGCCUGGUGCCCCUGGGAUGUGUUUAAAUGGGAGUGCUGAAAGAGCCACCGUGAGGGAGAGUGCCAAACAGAAACAUUGUGUCCUGGCAACCAACGCAGGGUUCUUUAACACACACACCGGAGAAUGCUAUGGCAACAUUUACAGCGAUGGCAGACUGGUUAGAGAUUCGGAUGGGGUGCAGAAUGCUCACUUCGGCAUCACUGCAGAUGGAUACAUCUACGUAGGGUAUCUGUCUGAGCUGGAUCUACUGACUCAGCACUUUACCCAGCUGGUGGGGGGCGUGUUGUGGAUCCUGAGGGAGGGGGAGAUCUAUGUGGACGAGAGUGUCAAAAUAGAGUGUUCCGACACAGAGGAAACAGGAACACUGAGUGAGUUUGCUACUGUCAAGUCAGCCCGAGUCGCAGUAGGACAUGACAAAGAUGGCCGCAUCCUCAUUGCCCAGGUUGAUGGGAAGACAGGAAGUCUGGGAGUUGACCUCAAAGAGAUGGCAUCCAUCUUGCUUGACCUUGGCUUUGUCAAUGCCAUUAACCUGGACGGUGGAGGUUCGGCCACAACUGUCAUCAACGGUACUCUAGUCAGUCACCCAUCAGAUGUAUGCCCUGACAAGAAGUUCAACUGUGAGCGCCAUGUGUCCACCAUCCUGUGUGUACACGAACCAGAGUGUGACCCGGGAGACUGUUCAGGGCAUGGCAUCUGUGAGCUGGGAGUGUGUAACUGCUCAGGUCAUUGGUCAGGGCGAGCGUGUGACACCCUGCAGUGUCCAGCAGAAUGCAAUGGACAUGGAACAUGCACAGCAGACGGCUGUGUGUGUGACAAGGGCUGGUAUGGCACCAACUGCUCACUGCCCUGUCCGUCAGGCAUGUACGGCUUCAACUGCUCCAUGCACUGCUGUUGUCAGAAUGGAGGAUUGUGUGACACUGUCACUGGCCACUGUGAUUGUCCACCGGGAUUCUCUGGGGAGUUCUGUCAGUCAGUGUGCCCGUAUGGUUUCUAUGGUGCUAGAUGUGGUAGUGUGUGCAACUGUGACGCUUCCUGCUUCUGUGAUCACAUAACCGGAUCCUGCAACUUCACAAGAAAGCAAGAUUCACAGAUUUUCCAGGACUUCCAACAAGCUGGUACCUGUGUGGCACACGAGAUGAUCAAGUCCAAGCACCUGGUGGUGGAUCAGUCGGAUCAGUACAGAUUAUGUGUGUCAAGUUCUGUCACGCUGGGCAUCAUUGCAGCAGUCAGCAUCAUCAUCAACAUCACUCUCAUCUCCAUCUACCUCAAUGUGCGGAGACAACAAGCCAGCGCUACUGAUGAGGCUGUCAGAAAGACAAUACGCAAGUUUGUCUUCCAUGGCUCCAACGAUGAUGUCUCCAGCUCGGACGGCGAGGGCACUGGAGAGCUGACCACCCUGUUUCAGUCUCCACCUCGGAAAGGAAAUGGUUGAAUGAUAACGAGAGGAGUGUGAUUGUGUUGAUGAUGUUGUGCAAGUUGAUGAUGAAUGAGAUGAGUGAGGCGUGUGUAUUUCGGGCAUAUCGUGAUGUCCUUAAAAGGAUAUCAUUGACAUGAUUCAUAAGGCGUAAAAAAAUAAUAGAACUGGUUCUCAGGCAAUGACUUUUGAAAUUAUAGUGUGGACAGGCAGUUGUUUUUUUAGUUUUUUUGCUUGUUCAAACAAGUAUGUAACUAAAUAACAAUCAUACAAACAUUGAAAUUGCCACCAUGACCACAACAUGAGAUGCACAGAAAAGCAGUGUGCAUGUAAAGGGAGGUAACUGUGUGCUGUACUGGCUCUUUAAGAAAAAGGAUUUUUUUAUUUUAUUUUAACAUGGAAAUAGAAACAAAACAUGUGGCAAACUUUAUGAUGACGCGGGUGGUGCCUGAGAACCAAGACCAUUAUUUUUUUUAGCCUAACAAUUGGUAUUUGUGCCUGACAACCAUGUGAUGUUUUGUAAAUAUCAGCAUUCCAAGAUUUUAAGUAUGGAAUGAAAUUCAUGUACAGCAGACCUUAUACAUUCUUAAACUGUUAUGGAUCUCCAAGGCACAUUAUAGAAGAAGUCGUAGGCAAACAGUAAAUGGUUUUUAGCCGACCAAUUUUGAGGAAACAUGACAAUGUCUGUGUCUCAGAAUUCAAUGUUAUUUUGAAAAUACAUGUUCUUUAAGGCGAGUUCUUUUGUUUUCCUAUACAUGCUCUACAGACAAAUAGUAAAGAUUAACACAAUUACCAAUGAGAGGUUUGAAAUACCUUAAUUUAAAUUAUGCGAAGAGUAGCAGUAGAAGACUCCGACAAUCAUCUGGUCGUGUCAAUUCUGUGAAGCAUUAGGACAACCAUUAGUGCCUAAGGAACCAUUAUAGAUCUAGAAUAUGUAUUUAAGGAACAAUUAGAGGUCUUGUACAUGUAUAUAAGAGCAUCAUAGAUGACAAACAAGUAUUAUAUCCAGACUCAAUACAUGUUCUGAAGCAUGCAGCCUUAUAUGUUUUUGUUGGUUUAAAAAAACGUCUUACAAAACAAAUUGAUAUUAGAAGAAGAAUAAAAGGCUUCUGACUAUUUUAUUCUUGGCCAGUUGUUUUACAAUUACAUAAAAUGAAAUAGUGAAUAAUACAUUUGAAAAUCUUUAUUCUAACCAGGUAAAUAUUAAUUAUGUUUUGGUAUAUUUCCAUGUUAAAACUUGUUUUUUUGGUUACACAAUGUUAUCAGUUGUUUCGACCAUUCAUGAGUAAAGUUCUCAGUGAAUUUCAUUCGUAAGGCGAGGAAACAUAAUAGUCUUGGUUCUCAGGCAAUGCCCACAUCAUCAUAAAGUCUGCAGCACUUUCGUUUUAGUUUCCAUUUUCAAAAGAAAUAAAAAAUCCUAAUAUUUAAAAAAAAUGCAAUA